AUGUCUCAACUUGCCCCAACAUUACCUACUUUCGUCGAGCUCGGCGUUACCCGCCAAGAAACAACCGCAACCGAAAAAAUACCUACGGUUGUCGGUCAACGACACAAACCUGCCACGUCAAAAAAGAGAGCCUCUAAACAAGAAGACUCCGACGACUAUGAAGGGAACAUAAAUGAGCCGGCGGAUUACCGUCCGUACCCCGUAACAAAUACGAAAAUCAAAAGGACAAAGUAUUCUACUUCUCUGGAUUCUCGGGGUUACAUUCCUGUAUACGAAUUUACCAUUAACGACCAACCGAUCAUGUGGGAUCGAGAAAACGGUUAUGUUCACUUCACAGGAAUUUGGAAAGCCCUCGGGAAUAAUAAAGCCGAUAUUGCUAGAUUGGUGGACACACAUCCUGAUCUGGCUUCGACAAUCAAGAAGGUCAGAGGAGGAUUUCUCAAAAUUCAAGGAACCUGGAUGCCUCACGACAAAGCGCAUGAGCUUUGCCGUCGGACGUGUUAUCAUGUUCGCGAGGAUCUCAUACCUUUAUUCGGACCAUCCUUUCCCUCGCAAGCUUUGGAUCCAUCGCAGCCAGGAUUCGGUCGACUCACACUCUCUGAUUCAAUGCCAACCAAAAAAAGGCAAAGACGUAAGCCCAAAGACACACGCGUGGACAAUGCGCCUCCCACAAAUAAAGGCAAAACAAAAGCAAUCAUUAAGAUGCUAGCGUCGCCGAUCGAAGAAGUCAAUGAAAACUCCCACGACAUCAUAAUGCAGGAAACCCAAGGGGAUGAUGGUCGUUCUUUCGAUUAUUAUCAUCAAAAUACCGACGGUCAAGGUCCAGAUAAUAAUCAUCGUCACUUGGUCAUACUUCGUAAGCAGAAACGUCCCAUCGAGGAAGCUCAUCUCAUUGAAACGAUCGUCGAUGAUAUGAAGAUAUCCAAACGAAGGAGACAAAACUCGCCGGAGAACGGUAGCCUCGGCGACGACGAAGACUCCUCCACUGACGAGGAAUGUAUCAACAAUUUACGGAUUAACCGUCGCGGAUCUGACUCCGCUUAUUCCAGUUCCUCACAACGAUGUGAUCAGCACCACCAAUUUUUACCUGUCGAUAGUGCACCGCUGGAAAGUUCAUAUGAAUUUCAUCAUCAUCUCUCACCCUACUCGUCCUCCAUCCCUAACUCCCCUGUUAGCAACAAUGCACAUACUUCUGGCACUUACACCCCAUACCCUCCUCCCACCGUACAUCCGUCAUCACUUCACCAACCUCCAUCACCUUUAACCGAACAAGAUUUGUAUGAAGCGAUUAAGGCCACCGUCGCGUUACAACAAUUAUCGCAAGAUAAUGGUUCUCGUCCCUUGCAAAAGGAUCAGAUAUCGAAUGCAUGGCCCAGAAAUUUUAUAAUGGGAAAUCGCGAGUUUCAAUUUAUCGGAUGCCGAUAUCGUGUCGUUCGCUAUUGGUAA